AUGGCACUUAUAAAGUUUCGCGGCAAACCACUUAGUGGUUAUAAUAUUCUCAUCAUCGCAUUUGCAACAUUUGGGAGCAUCACCUACGGAUACUGUUCCGCCAUCAUAGGCUCAACCCUCGGCCAACCAUCCUUCCUCCAUUACUUCGGUCUCGACACCGCCAGCAAUGCAGCUGCUCUUAUUGGCGCAAUCAACGGCCUCUUCCAGGGCGGUGGCCUCAUCGGCACCUUGAGCUUUGGAGCUGUCGCUGACAAGUUUGGUCGAUGCAAGGCCAUGUUUUUGGCUAGUGUACUCGCUAUCAUCGGCGGUGGUCUCCAAGCUGGAUCUGUCCACUUGGCCAUGUAUCUUGUGUCACGAUUCCUGACGGGUCUGGCUAUCGGUGGACUCGUCAUGCUUGUGCCUUUAUGGCAGAGUGAGGUUGCGCCUCCUCAUGCUCGUGGUCUCCUCGUUGGUCUUCACGGUGUUUCUAUCUUAGUGGGUUACUCAUCUUCGGCUUGGGUUGGACUCGGGUUUUACUUCGUCAAUGCAGAUGGAGCUCAGUGGCGUCCUCCUCUGGCCAUUCAGUGCUUGCCUCCGCUCAUUCUAGCAUGUGGUGUCUAUUUCAUUCCUGAGUCUCCCCGAUGGCUUAUCGACAACGAUCAGCAUGAAAAAGCCGAGGCUGUUCUGCAGCGCAUCUACAGAGAUCCAAGUGAUCCCGAUAGCCAUGCGGCCAAGGCCGAAUUUGCCCAGAUCCGUGCUCAGGUAGAGCUUGAACGUCAUUUGCCAUCGUCUUGGGCUUCGCUCUUUACCGUGCCGCAUUACCGGAAGAGGGCCUUGAUUGGUUUCACCACUCUUCUUGCAGGCCAGCUUACGGGAACUACUGUCAUCAACAACUAUGGACCUUCAUUGUAUGCAGCUCUCGGACAUGGUGCUUCUGCUAGUCUCGCGCUCUCGGCUGGAUGGCUGACCGAAGGACUUGUUUGCAAUGCCAUCAAUGCCGUCCUCCUUGACUACGUCGGAAGAAAAUGGUUGAUGGUCACGGGUCUCAUUGGUUGUGCUAUUUCGCUUCUUGGUGUAAGCAUCAUGGUCGCUGUGUAUGGAGGCACGACAAAUAAAGCUGGUAAUUCGGCUGGUGUCUUCUUCUUAUAUCUGCACCUCACCUUCUAUGCCACCUGCAUGGAUGCCUCGACUUAUGUCUAUGGCUCUGAGAUCUGGCCGACCCAUCUUCGAGGAAAAGGGUUUGCGAUAUCUUGUGCCGGUCUCUUCGUUGGCUCUCUUACUCUUCUCGAAGCUGCACCAACUGCUUUCGAAACCAUUGGCUGGAGAUUUUAUCUGAUCAUGAUGGCAUUUACAAUUGUUUGUGCCAUCAUCUUCGCCCUGUUCUUCCCGGAGACCAAGGGAAUGACCCUGGAGGAGAUCUCAGCUCUCUUUGAUGAUGAAGUUGCUAUCGAAGCAUCGAGUGAUACUAAGGCAUUGUCUAUUAACACUGAGAAGGAAAAGAUGAAGGCUCAGGAAUAUCUGUAA